AUGACUGACAAUGUUCCACACGACACCGCUCGAGGUUUCGACAACAUCACAGUAUCCGAGGUCAAGUUGAGCAGCUCCACUGCCAAACACUUUGCCCCAACCAACAUUGGCAUCGAAGACGAGUAUGUCUAUUGCUCCGUCGCCAUCUCUAAGGACAAAUUUCCCCAUGCUCUCAAGUCGGAUACGGAAAAGAAGAUCAUCGAGCAGAAGGCCGUGGACAAGCUUCUCAACGACUGCGGACUUGCCUCAUACACUAUUGUGAACAAGCACAGUUUCUUGGUCAAAGUUGAGAAAUCUGGUCCAAACUCCGGCGCGCCAGUCACAGCUCGACUUAACAGCGGGAAUUACAGCGCAGUAGUCGUUGUGCAUAGAGGCAAAGGCAAAAUUGAUGAGGACGAACUGGACCAGGCUAUCAAUAACAGCAUCUUCGACCCUUCAAACGAAAAGGUCAAGAUGAGCAGAGUCUGGAAUUCCAAGUCUGAGAUGGAUGAAUCCGGUCUGCGCUGGCAUUGGACCGGCGUCAAGUUCUACAACUGCAACAACCAAUUCCACCCACAACUCGCUCAUGAUGACCUGGAAAAACUGUCAUGUGAUUUUGCGAGAAGUCUCGGAAAGCCUGAGAGCGACAUCCACGCAUACCACAUUCCAAUCGAAGCAACGACUAGCUCGACUUUCACAUUGCCGGAACUCACGACUGGCAACGGCCCAACGACGCUCCCAAUAGAGCAUGAGCUUCGCAAGGAUGUUCUGCGUGCGCUGCUCGAGCAGGAGUACAUUGGCGCCAACGGAUCUUUCGACAUCGAGAACGAUCCUGCGACUCUGAUCGAAGGCUUGCAACUUGUGAACGGAAAGGAACGCCGACUCGCCUCAAUCAGCGGAACCACGCCACUGCUCUACGAGAGCGCAUCUUCCAAGCUCUUCUUCAAGCAUGAGCAGACCGUAUCAUCAUUCAUGCUAGAGUGCUUCGGCAACGGCAGAAAACUCGACCUGCCUCACGACAACAAGAAAUUCAACAAAGCUCUCAAGGGCAAGCGUGCCAAAUUCCUGGUCAAGGGAGAAUGGCAGACAAAACCCAUCGCCAAAGUCGAAACCACCUUGGUCAAAGAUGUUCUCGAUGAAAAGAAGUAUUCGGCUUGGCUGCCUCAAGGUCACGACGAACCCGACUUGCCUUGCCUGAAUGUCGGUACUGAAGCAUAUCCAAGAUUCAUGCCUCCCGAAAAGUGCAUUUUGCUACCCGGUCAGACAUUCGCCAAACCUAUCACCAAUGCCAUCCGUACUCAGCUGGACGGGCAGCAGACCAGCACUGGCUCGACCACCCUUGAACAGACUGCGUAUGCCAUCAGCAGUGUCAAUGUGGGCACACAGGACAAGGACUCCCGCAAGAGCGCGCUGGAAAAAGUCUUCCAGGGUCCUUUCGGCAAGAAAGUCAAGGUUUGCUUCGUCCAAUUCAAGGACGACUCGCCUCCAGAAGGUGCUUUGGAAGAGUUCCGGAAAUGCGUUGUCAACAUUCCAACUGUUAAGGAUCUGGGCUCCGCAAGCUGGGAAUCGUUCACGCUGCUUCUCAGCUCAUCAGAGAGCAACUGGACUGCUGAAAUCAAGAAGAUGGCAAAAGAUCAUGCCACAUCCGGCCAGAACCUCAUUGCCGUCGUUCUUCUCGGUGAAAGCAGUGACAAGUUCAACAAAUUUGCCGCCUACGAAAAUCUGAAGCGCAUCUUUGAUAUCGAGGUCGGCAUGGGAGCCUACUUUUUGACAGCCAAGCAUCUGCAAAAGAAGGGAGUUCAAGGAGCCACUGGCGAACUCGUUCGUCGCAUGUCGACUCGCCACCUUCCAAAGGGCUCGGCCAAGAAAGGAGCCUCGAAGCUUGAGAUCGCCAUCCACAUCGAAGAGAUCGCUUUGCAAAACGAAUCGCCCUCUGGCUAUCUUGUGGCCAUUGCUGCGAAGGAUGCAUUGUCCAGCAGUGGGUACCGCACAUCUAGAGAGCUCGUUCGCACAGAGGACAUGGACCAAUACGACCUUGCCGCCCAAUUGUCGGAAUUCCUGGACAACAGAUUCAAAUUCGGCUCGGACGGCACAGAACUGACCCAGAUUACCAUCAUCCGCUCUGGCUACGUCGUUGAGCAGAGACCUGGCGAGCUCAAGAAGGAAUCUGACAAAAUCCAAGACGCUGCGCAAGCGCAUAUGGCUCAUGGCGGGCAAUUUUCACACCUCAUUCUCGACAAUGCCGCGGCCGACACUUUGAUCAGCCAGAAGGACGCCAGCAAAGUGUCAAACCUAAAAACGCUUGUACUGACAGAUGCUGAGAUUCGGAGCGAUGGAAGCACUCGCUUCUUCCGUGUUCACCGUCCUCAGCACACCCAGAACGAUCGUACAAAGCUCCAGACCACUGCCAUCGGCAUGAUCUUGACUGGUCACCGUCUUGAUGGAACCGAAUUUGCCAUCGAAUCGAAGCCACCAAGUCGCCACGACUCUGCUGAAAGCCUGGUCGCAAGUGGACAAGAACAGAAAUCCACGCCAAUCGUCAUCUCACCAAAGUUCCCUCCUGGCCUGAAGCCCCAAACUCGGCACCUGAGGAGCCGUGCAAUUCGCAACAAGGAGAACGAGAUUCCGAGUCUUGUACCAACCAUAGCUACCUUCCCAUCUUCCAAGAAGCCUGUUCCUGAACGCAGAACUCCAAGCAACCCAGAGACCAUGCGCAAGAUCUCCACAGGGUCUGACCCAUUCGGACCUCCUCUGUCUCCUACAGGCAAUUCCCCAGCCAAGACUCCCUCACCUCUUUCCGAACGUCGAAUCCCAAGCAAUCCAGAGACCAUGCGCAAAGUCUCCACAGGAUCUUCCUCAGAUGGGUUAUCCUUGUCUCUUACAGACAACGACACACCAGCGCGAAAGAGGCAUGUGCGCACAUCCGACUUCGAAAUCCACAUUGCUCCGGAGAUCUUCCAAGGCCCGGUCGUCGAGCAAGACUCAAAGAAGCAAGAGCCUCUGACCGCAGCCGAAAUGGAGCGAAUCGGUCAUCUUUGGAAAGAUCAUCUUCUUGACCUCAAUGACCAGAAGUAUCCUGUUGUCACUCAUCUUGCUCACGCUGUUGCCAAGCGUGCGAAGUUGCAUGUCAAGCUCGUGAGCGGCAAGCCUGUCCUUUUCCCAGUCCAUGCGGAAGUUGCGGACACGCUUUACUUCUUGUAAGGGUACAUCAAGAUCAGGGAUUGACUCCAACUCUUGAGCUUCCAAGGUUGCACUGCUUCCUCUUCUUUCGACUGACUCCUUGCACUUCUCUCGACUGGCUGCUUCGUCUUCUUUCGACUGGCUGCUUCUCCUUCUUUCGACUGACUGCUUCCACUUCUCUCGACUGUUUUCAACAUACUCUAUCGUGCGACAUUCACUUCUUGCACUCCUUUGAUCGAC